AUGGACUCCGCAGGUUCUGGUAUGGAACCGAACUAUGGGGCAGGAGAGAGCCAAGAGGUUUCUGGCAGCGGGGUGAUCCCCGACUUGUCGGACGAGAGUGCCGCAGAUGCAAGUCGGCGAGCUGUGCAGGGAGUUGGUCUUGGACGAGAUGUCAGGACUGCAACUGGCCACAGCUCCGAUGAGCAAGAGGCGGCGGACAUCCUAGCUCAGGCACAGGACUUGGAGCCAGAGUAUGACUUCGAGUCAGCCGAAGGGGGUGGUGUUCCCUCGCCUGAAAGGGAGAUUGAAAGUCAGGAGGCAUCGUCUGGUGUGUGGUUCCAGGGCUCGGACGAAGGUCGUUAUGAGAGAGCUCCUCGAGGCUUGUGGGAAAGACCUGGUCGGGAUGAGCGGCAGGAACUUCAGAGAAGUACGGUGCGAUCUGCUCCAGAAACUGCGAGAGUUAACGGAACAGCUGGCUCGGGAAAGGGUCGAGGGAAUCCGUCUGGUUUUUCUGGCUGGGAAGAGGCUGGAUUUGAGAUGACGACUGCGCGAGACACUGUGAGUGGAAGACAGGGGCAUGUGGGACCGAGUGUAGGAAGCUCUAGUGCCGGCGCACAGCCGACGCGUGAGCCACUGCUUGGUGGACUGACCCAGUCUGAAAGGGGUGUUUGGAGACGCAGCUCGGACAGAAUGGAGAACCUGGAGAUCCUUGUUGAGAGGCUGUUGGAUCAGAAUGAGCAGCCUCCAUGGACUAGCUUCAGUGGCCAGAGCGAGACAGAGAGUGAAGCUCUUGAGGUCGAGAUGUCGGAGAAGCUACUGCCGUGGCCUGUCCCAACUGCCACGAGUGGCGCAGGAAUGCCUCAGUUUGAUAGCGUGAUGAUAGGCUGGAUGUCCAUGAUGGCAGAGGAGAAGGCAGCCUUCAGGUCUCCAGGGGGUUAUAGGAGGUACCAAGGUACAGGCGAUACCGGAGGUCGUCAGACGCUAGAGGAGGGAGACGCCAAGGACUUCAGACCAGGAGAGAGGGGACACGAAUGGUGGCAGCGUGUGCUGCAGGAGGCAAAGCUGGAGUAUGAUAAGUGGUGCAAGGCUAAGUCGGAGCUCUUGAAGGGGUUGACAGGUCUGAACGCUUGCGAUUCCGCUGGGGGAGCUGUUGUAACACUUCAGAAGUGGUUUCGCCACCUGGAAAGGGCUAAGGCCAUGGAGAUUAGCGUGCCGGAUAGCUCACUACUGUUGGAUGGAGUAGAUAGGUGCAUGAAGGGCGUCCUCCAGGAAGCGGUUGAAGAGUAUACCCGUGCUCUUCUGGCAGAGAUGGAGCUGUUGUCUGUAGCCGGGGCGGAAAAAGGAAAGGGAAAGAAGGGUGGCAAGGAAGGCGAGACCCCUCAACCAACCGCGGCUGGAGCUGGCAGAGGUGGCAAGGUAAGUGUUGGGUUUGUGGAGGAGGCCACCACAAAUAUGAAUGCCGAGCCCCCGGAGGAGGCAAGGCACCUAAAGGCGAAGCUGCAGCCGCAGAGGAGCGCAUCGGAGGUCCUUGCUCGAGCUGGAGAGCGUGGCAGGUUGAAGUGCAUCGUUGAAGACUUGAGAUCAAAGGGAUCCCGAGAUCUGAUAGAGAUGAUGAAGGCAAGGGGUGAUGUCCUUGAUCAGUGCGUUGUGUCUCAGGGUCUUGUGGUUCAUGCCUUCUGUGGCAAGGCCAGGAGGAUGUUUGAGUCUGUGUCGAAUAAAUGGGGAUAUGCGCAUUUGACGGUUGAUGACUCGAGAGACUUACUUUGUGACUGCACAUAUCGCUACUUGCUUCAACAAGCCUGUGGAGGAAAGAUCCGAGGAAUCAUUGGUGGUCCCUCAAGCAGAACCUUCUCCGCCGCAAGGAAUCUGUUUGAGCACACAGGUCAAGGUCCUCGACCGAUUAGGCUGCCCAAGGAGAGCAUAGGGGGAUAUGGGGUAAAGGACUUGACAUGCCAAGAAAGGGCGCAGAGGAAUGUGGAUGAUGUUCUGAUUUUGAGGUUCUUCACGGUGAUUCUGGUGGCCUUUGCUGCCAAUAGGGCAUGUGGGUUGUCAGAUCCUGCCUGCAUAGUGGAGCACCCAUGUCCGGAGAGCGAAGUUGGGACCCAACCCGGGGGAUGGUGUAAAGACAACUAUGUGUCCCUUUGGAGUACUCCGGAGUGGCAGGAAUUGGAGCGAGAGACUGGCGUGAGCUGUGUGAGGUUCUUUCAAGGACCAAUGGGCCACAAGAAGCGCCGACCCACUUGCCUAGGCACAAACGUAGACCCGGACCCAGUGUUGCUUGAGUGUGGUGUGCGCUCGGAGCACAUUGCUUAUGUGCCAGGAUGGGAGUACGGGGUCAUGACAGAGUUGUGGACAGAGUGGGCUCCAGGUCUAGCCCAGGAGAAAGCAACACCGGAGAGUGCUGACUCCACAGUCUUGGCACGCUACCUGAUUGUAGGAGUUCUGUCAGUGCCGAUUCUUGCAGUCGAUGGUAGGGAUCCAGAUGAGCCUUGUGAUGCAGACCCAGGUCCGGAGGUUUCAGAAGGGGGUGUACUUGAUGAUGCGGAAUGGCUUGCAGACGCACUUCCAGGUGCUGAGGAUCAUGAUCCAGAGCUGCCGGCGAGGGAACUGGAGGAAGCACGGGGAUCCUGGAAUGAGUGGGAUAAGCUCAUCAAGUCUAGCCGUGAGGACUGGAUGACUGAAGCUCAGGCAGAGUGCUUGCCAAAAGUUGAGAUAGUUGAUUUUGUGUACGUUGAGGCAAUUGAGCGCAAGACCUACUCAGAGGUUCUUACUGCUGUUGGCCGGAUGCAUGCGCGCGCAAAGGCUGAGGGGUUUGACGUCCGACGCCUCCACACGGAUAGAGGCAACGGCCGAGCAGAGGGUGCAAUAAUGAGGAUCAAGAACAAAACGAGAGUGAUUCUCGAGGAGUGUGGUCCUGUCAAAACAGACUGGCCCAUGGCAGCGAAGCUUGCAGUGCAUGAACUAAAGAACGAGGCAAGACGUAGGCUUAAGAUAUCGGUCCAGCAGUCCCUUCCGUAUGACACGCGCGUCCAAGUUAUCAGUCGUAGUUGGAAGCGGGAGGCAUGGCAGCCAAGGACCGUGACAGCCUAUGUUAAGUGCCCGUCCGCAGACAUGUCUAGAGGCUGGGUUGUUGCCACUGAAGAUGGGAAGCUGUUCACCACGGGAAAGCUGUUUCCCUCGGUGGAUCAGGGAAAGGUAUCAUUCAGCAGUACUGGAGUUGCGGUGGAUCUUGAUGCUCCUGACUACAGGAUCAAAGGAAAAUCGUCACUCAGGCAGCUUCAGGUUCCAGAGCAGGUGGAUCAGCUCCACAAGGUUGAUAAGUUGGCCAAGGAGCUGUUUGAGGGCGAGCGGUUUAGGAUGGUCAAGCGUGACACUGGGGAGCAGUCUGAGACAGUUCGGACUUGCAACUUUCUUGCUGGUCGCGUGUUCAGCAAGCAAUCAGGUGCCGUGUGCAAGUUCACAGGUGUCGUGUGCAAGUUCACAGGUCGUGUGUUCAACAGGCAAUCAGGUGCCGUGUGCAAGUUCACAGGUAACCAGGUGCCAGGGGCAGUUCAGUGGGCCCAGGACAAGGCUCAGGGUACUUUGCAGUGCAUAGGUUUCAAAGAUUACUUCGAGAAGCAGAUGAACUUGAAGCAGAGAGCAGUCUCGGGGUCCCAUGAUGGAGUUUGUUUCGAGUUGCAUGAAGUCAGUUGGCCGAUAGUGGCUGAUGUAUCUGAAGCACUGGAUUGCGUUGCAAGACAGCACCGGGAAGUUCAAGACUUGAUACAGGCCGCAGAGGACACUGGGGGUCAGGUUGAAUCUGGGCGAGAUGGACUCUACUGGAAGACGUUGGACUCGCUUGAGCGUGAGGGUCAAGCGCUUUGCAAUCUUGAGCGUCAGCUAUUGGAGUCGGCGAAUCCUGUGAUUCUGAGAAGUCUGUCAGCUGCCGAAGAGCUUAAGGCUUACAGGUCUGCAAGUGAGCCGGGGAUUGAAAACCAGGACUCUGGUGUGGAUGAGUCAGAUGAUCCCCCACCUCUUCAGACUAAGAUUGUCAGCCAAGAUCAGGUGAGACGAGAGGCAGAGAGAUGGAGGCCAGCACUUCUUGAUGAGUAUAACUCUCUAGUCCAGAAAACACAGGCAGUAGAGGAGAUCUCCGAUGAGUACUACCGAAGACUACUGCAGAGUGAGGACACGGAGAUAGAGCUUAUUCCUGCCAAGGCUGUCUAUGUGCAUAAGCCGAACGGACGUCGUAAGGCUCGAGUGGUAGGGUGUGGCAAUUAUUGCGCAGGAGGGGACGAAGUGCAACGAGCGAAUCUGUAUGCCUCUGGUGCUGGAGCUGAAGCCCUUAGGAUGGUUAUUAGAAGGGUCACGCUCGAGAGUGACUGGUGCAUUGGCACUGUUGACGUUCGGACUGCCUUCCUUCAGGCCCCGUUGCUUGAAAGCCGUCGCAAUGGCAAACGUUUGGUGACGAUCGUCAAGGUACCUACCAUCUUGAGAGAUACAAAUAUCACCCAAUGUCGAUACUGGCUGGUACAGAAGGCUCUGUACGGACUGGCAUCGGCUCCCAAAUCGUGGAGCAGUCACAGAGAUCGAGUACUAACUGAGUUGAAGAUUCCCUGCAAGAGUGGCCUACUGAGGUUGGUCAAGAUGCCAGAAGAUACAAAUUUGUGGCAGGUAAUACAGUAUCCUGGUUUGGACAAGUUGGCAGAAGCCGAUGGUCAGGAACCAUCUGCAGUGGGACAUCAAGUUGGCGUGAUGGCCUUGUACGUAGAUGAUAUCUUGAUAGGAGCGCCAAAGUUGAUUGCUGAGGCGCUUGUUUCAGGUCUACAGAACCAAUGGGAGCUGUCGCCUACAGAGUGGCUGAACGAACCAGGAGAUUAUCUGAAGUAUGCUGGUUUUGAGCUGGAGAGGACGACGGAGGGGAUAAGACUUCAUCAGGAGAGUUAUGUUAAAGACUUGUUGGAGCAGCAGGCGGAAGAGAUUCCUGGCGAAGAGAGAACUCCUGCUGUCAAGGGAUACAACUGGGAUGAACCAGCAACUGAAGCCCAAAAACAGAUUGCAACCAAAAGGGCUCAGGCUCUUAUUGGACAGCUACUGUGGUUGUCUGGAAGGACCAGACCUGACCUGGCCUAUGCAGUCAGUAUGGCUGCUCAGAAGAUUUCUUCAUGUCCAGCAGAAGCGGUGGCUAGAGCAGAACAUUUGGUGAGAUACCUGAGGGCGUCUCCGGGAGUGAGCCUUCACUACAAAACAGUUGUUGGGGGUUGUGGUCGCUGGAAUCAGCUGAGGCAUGAGCAAACUCCACUUACAUUGGAGGUGUAUACAGAUGCUUCGUUUGCAGCGGAUGAGCAGUGCAGGAGCUUUGGGUCUGUGCAGUUGUUUUGGGGUGGAUCACUGAUUAUGUGGUCCGCUGCUAGACAAACCUUGAUAGCUGCGCAUACUGCUGAGAGUGAGCUGUAUUCCUUGGCUGAGGGUCACCUGAUGGGAAAAGCUCUUCGCCCCACGGUGGCGGCCCUGAUGAAUGUAAAAGAUAGCGAGGCGACGGGACGUCUUUACUGUGACAACUCUGCGGCAGUUCAGCUGUGUGUGCUGGAGGACCUGGUUGAUGAAGUUUGGACGCUGGCCCAUUUGGACGGUGUCUAUAUGCCAGCUGAUCUGGGAACAAAGCCAGUAGGAUUCGCUUCAACGUUGCUGGCGUUGUUGUUUCUGGCCCAGGCUGUGAGUGCAAACGCAUGGAAGGUGGGUCCCGAAGAGCCAGUAGGAACUUCUCUCAAUUCCAGCAGGGAGACCAACCGGAAUGUAGAUGCCGAAGAGGUGCUGAUCCCACUUAUCGGAGGAGGUCUAGGAGCUGAUGCUCGAGUGAUCGAGGCGGAUGAUGGAGCCUGGGAACUUUGGGCAAUGCUCCUGUUGAUUGUGAUGGUGAGUGUGAUGAUAGGACUAGGAGGUCAGUUGAUCCAGGAACCACGAUACCUAGAAAAGCCAGCAAGGUUGACCAAGGUGAUUCUGGGGCAGGCAGUGCAAGUGCAGCGGCUGCUCCGAUGUCAGGGAACUCUGCCAGACAUCGUCUUCAAACGGGACAUCUUGAAGGCCGUCCAAGCGACCCACCGGCUGGCGCUUUCCAUCCAGGUUCUGCAUGCCCCACAACUCGACAUCCUUGGCAGAGCCAUCACGAUUCACAAGCAGGAGCUGGGUCUCAGCUAUAGCCCUUCGGCAGGCUACUCCAAGUACAAGGAACUUGGCAUGGCUGCUGACAUGGAUCUUGGCGAGUUUUGUGCGGUCCUGGCCGUCAUCAACGAGCGCGAGGGCUUCACCAAAGCUGAGUACGAACGGGUGGCCGUGGCAUGGUCUGAAUGUUUCCGCCUGUCAAUGGUGACGGUAAAUGCUGUAGCACUACCUGGAGAUGACAGACGCACAUAUCGUGGGGAAGUAGGUGAUGGUUUUCGGCUGAAGCUGGCCAGCGUGAGCCAUGGAGCAGCGCGCUCCUGGUGGGUGAUGGAGACAGAGUGGAAAGCCAGCACUGGCAGAGUUUCGCUGCUUACGCGUUCGGGUGCCACAGUCCGUCUGGCCUAUCGCGUCAGUCGGUCGGUCAAGAAACUUGCGCUUGAGCUGCACAGUCAGUUCAGAGCAUUGCUGUUCUCGUGCGUGUUCCAGUGGUUCGUUUGCGGCAUCCAUGUUUACCCGAAAUUGUGGAACACGAGCUCGCUUCGCAGCCAGAUUUGGACAAGGAGAUUGUUGACAAACGAUGGACCGAACUACAUCGGAGGUCAGGCGGCCUCCAGUAAGGCAGGCAGCUUGCCCGCUCCUUGGGUCGAGGAGCUGAAGAGCUUGCAGGAUGAGCUGCCCAUCUCCAAUUUCCAGGAAGUGGUGCGAACCAUCCAGACGGAUUUGGGACGUCCUCUGCAAGACAUCUUUGAGAACUUCGGCCAGAAGCCGAUUGCCUCGGCCAGCGUGGGCCAGGACGUGUUUGUGAAGCAUCGGGACAACCAGCUGUCUGCACAUGUUGCAAAUCUGCGGAGCAACCGCAAGAAGGUGUGUGUAAAAGUUCAACAUCACGGAGUUGGCAGUCUCAUGACGGCAGACCUCAAGACGGUCGAGUUUAUUGCUGGCCGAAUGGCCAAGUACCACCCGGAUGCACCAGACUUUUCUGACCUUAUCCGUGAGUGGCGCCGUGCCUCGAAAGAGGAGGUGGACUUCUUGCUUGAGGCGAAGAACGCCACGGAUGCAUCGAAAGCCUUGCAGAAGCGUGGGAUAGACGUGGUUUGCCCGAUGCCCAUCUCCGAGUACUGCGGCAAGAGAGUGCUGACGAUGGUCUUCAUUGAAGGCUGGAAGAUUACGGACGUGGACAAGAUGCCAUAUGGAACAGACCGGGAAACAAUGGCUCGCAACCUGGUGCAUGCCUUUGCUGUGCUGGUCUUCCAGGAAGGCUUGAUUCACGGAGAUCCGCACCCAGGCAAUGUGUUUGUCGAGCCGUUUAAGACCAACAAUGGUGAUACGCAAGUGCGCCCCGUGCUUUUGGACUGGGGCAUUGUGAAGCGUUUGGAGAAGGACGAGCGGAUCGCUGCAGCCAAGUGGAUAGUGGCUACCUUGGCACAGGAUAGGCUGCUCUAUGUGAACAGCCUGAGGGACCUUGGCUUCGAGUUCGAUGCGGAUCCUGACAUGCCAGAGUUCGCAACUUUCGUGGAAGCAUCCUUGGGCCAAUGCGCCUUCAUGUUCCGCGACUCCAUACCAAGCAACUCUCAGAUGAACUUCUUGCAGCAGAUGCAACAACACCAGGAGAAGGCAGAGAGCCAGGAAAGCAAAACCGGCAAGGACCAGAGCCGCCUUAUCGGGAAGAUCCCGGGGGUGGUGCUCUUCUUCCUACGUGGCUUAGAGAUGCUGCAGAAUAUCUGUGGCAUGCUGGAGGUCACGGUUCCCUUUGCCACGAUUAUGCUGGACAGUUGCAUGCCGCUGCUGCAGAGCCAGGGGCGAUGGAGCCCUUUGGCCGCUAUGCCAUGUCCGCCAGGCUGCUCCGCGCUGGAGCAAAAGGUCCGAGCCAAGCUGCAAGCGCUGGACAACCAACAUCUCAUCUUGGCUGCCCAGGUCGCCGUGUUGGACCAAAAAGGGGAAGUGAUGUGCAAAGCGAGCUGCGGGCGGGUGGCCGUCUGCCACGGAGCAGCGAUCUCUGAUGAGACAGUGAUGCCGCUGCUGAGCCUGUCUGCUGGGCCUCUGCUGAUGUGUUUGUUGAGAGCCCUGACACAGCCGUCUGAGACAGGCAAAGCCGUGGCGCUCAGCAGCCCUGUUGCACACCUGUGGCCGGACUUUACUCAGAAAGGCAAGAGUGCCACCAUUGAGGACAUCCUGCGGCACCAGGCUGGCUUGGCAAAGCCUUAUCCGAGUGACAUGUCUUUGAAGGCCUUCUGCAGUGAAGCGCGGUUUGAACGCACUAUGGCUGAAGCUCCUGCAUGCCCGGAAGGGGACGGGCUUUGUCCUGUUUUUGGCGACCUGCUGGCAACAUUGCUAAAGUGCAUGGGCGCCAGAAAGAGCACGGAAAAUGCCGUGGCCCAGCUAGAGUCCGUGGCUGGUGGGCGUGUGACAUAUUGCACACCCGCUGGGCGAGGGGUAGCAGCAGAUGUUGGAAGGAAGCCGCAGGAGCGGGUAACUAUGGAGCGAAUCUACGAAUGGCUGGAGGAGAAGGUGGAAAGCCUGGACACAAUGGGCCGCAGUGGCGAUGGCAGUCGGCGACGGUGGCUGUCGUGGGCAGAGUUGGCCGCUGAAAAGCCUUGGCUUCUGGAUCCCCUGCUAGUGAACCGGGAGGCAGUCCAGGUGGGCUCUGCCUGUCUCGCUGGCCGUGGUCUGCGAGCCUCUGCCAACUCACUCUGCAAGCUGUUCGCUGCCGAUUACGUGCCACCGGAGAUGUUGCGCCACAGCCUGCAGCCCGGGAAAACUUUGCGCUUCCGAAACUUGCAGGAGUGGUGGGAGUCCAUGGGAGUUGCCGAGCGAGCCGUCGGUGGUUGGCAGCUCUUUCCCUUCAAGUCCAAGGAUGGCUCUGAGUUACAGGGCUACGGCUUCGCAGAUGGACAGACAGGCUCUAUCGUAAUCCGGCUGCCCCAUGCGACCAUUGUGGUGCUGCUCAGCUCGGUGUCAACAGAGACUCGCCACGCUGGCCGCUCUCUCCUCGACACCAUACUGGGAGAGCUGGGGCUCGAGGCUGCCUGGCCGGCACAGCCGCCACCCUUGCCCAAACGUGGAACCUCUGGGACCACGACGACAGUGGCGGCAUCUGAGCCCAGGAUGUCUGCGGCUGACAGGAGAAGUUCUGACGAUUUGCAGCAACAGCUCAAGAAGGUGGAGGCUCAGGUGGCGAAGUUGUCCGAGGUUUUGGACUUGGUGCUGCCCGGAGCCAGUGCGGCGAUAUGCCGGGAUGAGCCGGGUAGCAACGCAACCUUGGCCGGCUUCUGGCUGAGUGAAGAGACUGAAGGCCUGGAUUCUCUGUUGGAGGCUUUGGAGGUGCCACAGAUGGUUUCCUCCAUGGCUUCUGCCGCAAGGCGGAGUCUGCGCAUCGAUGUGGAGGGGAACGAUGUCAAGAUUGCUUCCACGACAUCAGUCUGGAGCCGGCAAAUCGAGGAAACCACGACGAGAUUUCAAGUCGGACAAACCUUCUCCGGCCAGCAGACACUGGGAGGUGACUUCUCCGGUCAGGCUUUUUGGAUAGAGGACGCUGAGGCUGCCAAAGGCGCUCAGCCACAGCAAAUGCUGCAGCUGGUGAAAAACUUUGCAGCUGAAGGCUUCCAACUUGAAGAGACUUUCAAGAUCAAGUCGGACGGCCGUCUUGCGCUAACAACAGCACUUAGUAGUGCUCAAAGGCAGUUUGGGACGCGCAGGGUGGAGGUGCACAAGCCAGAGGAACUCGGAAUGCUUUGCAAAGCAUUGGAUCCCAAGGACAUGAUGCUGACUCAGCAGCUCUUGCUUCCAGGGAACAUCAAAGCUCUCCCUAAUGGCAGCCGGGUCGUUGGAAUUGGGCCGGCGGAUGCGAAGGAAGAAGACGAGGCAACUGAGCCUCGAAGCUUUGGAGAGCUCGAGAAACUACAGCUGCCGGCCUCCAUCUUUUUUCGUCUUGAAACCAUAAGGAGCACGACACAAUUCCGUCGUGAAGGCGCGUCGGAAGGAUUCGGCGCGGUUCCUGCUGAGUUGCUCUCCGCGCUACCACCUGAAGUGCAACAGGCCCUGGCAGAUCGACAGGCUGCAUCGCCAGUUUCAGCCGUUUCCGGUACCUCUUCGGCCUCUGCGCCCUUGCUGUCACCCGGUCACAAGGGUCACAAGGUGCUGCAAGCAAAGAGAGGCUGGCUCAUGACCUGCGGUGUGGGCUUGGGCAAGUUGUGCCUCGGGUCAUGCGGCCUUGCGGGCAAGGUGCUGCAGUUCGGUGGACGAGCAACGGGCUCCGCGUGCUAUGCUCUUUGUUCGGACUCCAUCUCGAAUAGACUGCGAAGGUCAGUGGCCUUGCCGGCGGAUCGUUUAGAGUAUGUCAUCAAGGUGGACAGAACCCAGGAUGCGGGGCUUGGCAUUGAAGUCAACAAGACUGCCGAGGGCAGGCUCAAGGUCCUUCUGGUACAGCCUGGGCUGGUCCAACAAUGGAACGAUGCGCAUGAAUCGCUGCAGGUUCUGCCAGGGGACAUCCUCCUCACAGUCAAUGGCCAAAAGGGAGAUGCCAAGCAGCUGAUGGAGUUCUGCCGCCAGAAGCAGCCCUUGGAGCUUCGGUUUUGUCGGGAACAGCCGUCUCUACCGGUGAAGGACUCAGAGCCAAAGCCGCUGAAAAGUGAGCCUUCGCUCGCAGGCGGGCUGCAGAACGAGCCAAAGACGCCGCUUUUGCCUGAGCUCGAGGAGGCCAUUCCCGAGAAGCCGGCUGAGAGCAUUGGCCAGGCUCCGACCAAGCCCCAGUCGAGGUCUGUACGCUUUGAGAACGGCACAGGAGCUCUGGACAAAGCUUCCGGAGUGCAGCCUGGGCAGUUGGGACAAACAUCCUCGAAACGAGGUGUGCAGGGAGGAAGCUCGAGCAGUUCGAGCAGUGCGAGAGAGCCGAGAAAACAAGCGGAUGCUUCUCCUUUGGCAGCUCCUCACCGCCAGGGCCAGGAUCCGGUAGUGGGGGCAAAGUUCACAGACCCACGCGGGAGGUUGGGCAACGGUUUAGGCAUUGUUGCCUUCUCGCGCUUUGGCACAGACGGCCAUGCUGAGAAGCUAUGCCGGUCGCAGAUCUUUUCAAACAGCUUCGAUCACGGAGCAUGCAGGCUUGUCGUCUCUGCUCCCUGCCACAGAGCAACACAAAAAUUUCGCAAUGCCGAAGCUGCAUACCAGGCCACCUGGAACUGGCCCCUGGCUGCAAUGUUCCAGGAGCUAAAUGCCAUGGCCGCCGUUAAGAAAGUGCAGCGUUUUGGCAGCCAUCGGGACAAGUCACGCGCAGGCUUUACGAGCAGCUGGGCGGCCAUGGGCGCUGUGCUUGAAGCGAAGUUUGCCCCAGAGUCACACUUCGCAGCAGCGCUUCUGCACACUGAUGAAGCAUUCCUCCUGGACACAGGCUCGGAGAAUCCUUCGGACAUUGCAGAGAAGGAUCUUCUUGAGAACUGGUUGGGCAUGCUGCUCAUGAUCCUGCGAGACAAGCUGUCCGGAAAGAGCAGCUGGACCAGCUACCUCGAAGGAAUCGUGGACAGUUCAGGACAUCCCACAGACGGAGCCAAAGCCGCUGCGUGGUCGGGUGCGGUGCGAAAUGCAAGCGAAGCUCUCCGGACGGCAUUGCCGGAAUGA